AUUUUACCAUGAAUAUGGAAUUCCAAACUUUAGACUCCCAGAGUUAUCAACUUGCUUUCGAGCUCUAUGUUCCCCAGCUUGUGAUGAUGAACUCUUGUGUUAGCAUGCCAAUGGUUGUAGACCAGAGCAACUAUUGCGAGAGGCCUCUAGAUUUGUCUAACUAUUGCCUCUGCCAACUCGAAGAACUUAGCUCUUACUGUGGUUGCAACUGAGACAAUCAAAUUGAAAAGAGGGAAAAUUUUCAAAGUUCAACUAUCACAAAGCCAACAAAGAAAAUUCAAGACAAAUUUAUCAGAGAAAGAACUGCUUAUCUUCGAGCCAAACUUGAGAGGCUUUAUAGAUACCUUGACAAAGUUGCUGACGAUAACAAGGUGCUAGUUCAUGGAAAACAAAAAGUGCAUCCAAGAUCUCGCAAAGCAAGUUCAAGAAGAUCCCGAUACAUCGGAGUGUUCAAAAACGGCACCAAGUGGCAGGCCCUGAUCAACAUCAACGCGAAGAAGACUUACAUCGAAACAUACCUGACUGAAGAGCCUGCUGCCAGAGCCUUCGACUUAAUGUCGCUGAUCUUAAACUCGGAGAAAGCUGUGACCAACUACGACUACUCGAAGGCAGACAUCCUCGAGUUGAUAGCUUCUCACUCGUGUGUGGAAUGCCCUGAGGCCAUUGUCAAUAAGUUUUGCUUAUAA